UGCUCUGGCCAUCCUGGUGUGCAUUCAUCUGUCAACUGCAAUGGGAUUCAACCAAGUGAGGGAUGGUCUGCUACGGCUGCUUUUGGCAGUUCAUAUAACAACAGCACAAUGGACAAGUUUGGAGAAUAUUAAAUUAAGCAACCCAGGACAGCCUCCACUGCAAAUGAAUCCUGGUUUAACUCCUCAAUGGCUGCAAAGUGCUUCCCAAGCUGGAAGCCCUGGAUAUCCUUCAGCUGACCAAACGCAGCAAGUAAUCCAGCAUCAAGUUAAGAAGCUGAAUUGGACUUUUCCUGCAGUGCCCCAAAUCCCAAUGCCACCACCUCUAGUGCAUGUUGACAGAUAUGCUGAUCCUAUUCCUGCCCAAGGUGUGACGGUGAGAUGUAACGAGACUUCAGUGUAUGUCGAGGUGAGCAAAGACGUGCUUGGAAUUGAUCCAACCUUCACAAUGGCUUCACUCACACUUGGAGGCUGUACACCCAAAAGCAUGGAUGCUCCUUCUCAAGUCCUUAUCUAUGAGUCUCCAUUGUAUGGCUGCAAAAGCAGAUUAACUGUGACUUCAGAUGAGCUGGUGUAUAUUUUUACUCUUGGUAUGUCUCCAGUACCAAUCCGUGGUACUCCCAUUCUUAGGAGAGCUGGUACAAGGGUUUUCAUUCAGUGUCACUAUCCAAGAUUCCACAAUGUGAGUAGCAGUGGUCUUGUACCUGCUUGGCUUCCAUAUGCUUCUGCCCAGGCUGCUCAGGAACUUCUUGUCUUCACCUUGAGGCUGAUGACUGAUGACUGGCUAGCUGAACGAACAUCCAACCAGUACUACCUGGGUGAGCUUAUAAACAUUGAGGCGUCUGUACUGCAGUUCCACCAUGUCCCUCUGCGUGUCCUUGUAGAUGGCUGUGUGGCUACUACAGUCCCUGACAUAAAUGCUGUCCCCAGAUAUUUCUUCAUUGAAAAUUUUGGGUGUCUGGUUGAUGCCAGGCUAACUCAGUCCAGUUCCCAGUUCAUGCCCCAAACUCAAGCAAACAAGCUGAGGUUUCAGUUGGAAGCUUUUGGAUUUCAACAAGGGAACAGUAGCCUGGUCUACAUCACUUGCAUCUUGAAGGCAACAGCUGCUUCUUCCCCUGCUGAUGCUGAGCACAAGGCGUGUUCCUUUUCAGACAAUAGAUGGAGUGCUGCAUAUGGUGCUGACCAGGUGUGCAGUUGUUGCAGUAGCAGCUGUGGUUCAAGGAAGGGACGAGAUCUGUCAAAGCGAGGCAUGCAGCUGAAGAGAGAAGUCAACCUUGGCCCAAUUGUGGUUGUGGAAAAUGUUUGGUAAUCAUGCCUUUGUCUAAAUAAAGCAUUUUAUAACUUCUGA